CAGCCUCUUGCUCCCAUAGCUGUAGACUUACCUGAAGUAUUGAUGGCAGGCUGUCAACGGCUCCUCCCAUUUGCCCGAAUUCCCCACACAUCUGGUUGCUUUGGUUUUUUCUCCAAAAAUGAAUUCUGCAGAAGCCAGAGGCUGGAAAUAAGGAGAGUGGGGACAGAGAAGACAGACCAAGAAAGGGGAGUGGAAAACACUGUAAAAGUAGGAAGAGGGGCCAAUUUAGCAAAAUAAUCCUUGUUGGAAAACGGUCCGUUAUAAACAGCGUUUUUCCAGGAAGAGACAGAGUGAGCAGAGGGAGACAGAAAGAGGGAUAGAGAUUUUUGAGUCUCUUCAGACAAAGGUUUGUGUGUUUAUCCACCAGCAGGUCACAGUAUGGCGCUGUUCCCGUUCUGCAAGACACCCUCAGGACCAGUCAGAGCAACCAGACUACAUCUUGUCCUGUACUGUUUUCUCCUGUCUCUUAUCAUAUAUUUUCUCCAAGGACGCAAAGCUACUGUCAGCAUGGAGUCACCUCAUCCUUUAUUUCAGGCUUUGGUACCAGACAAGGCUCAAGAAAGGGCAGAUAUGACAGUGGUCAAGGCAGCAGCUCCACAAACUCCUCAGGAGACACCAUGGGUUCCACUAGUCUGGGGUGACAGCCGUAACUCUGCGAGGCGCAGGGCUAAAUUUGCCCAAAGGGGAAUCCGUACCGGUCUGCUGACCCUUGUUGUGGGUACUUAUGCCCAGUACAUUCGGCGUUUUCUUUCCUCUUCUGAAACCUACUUCCUCCCAGGUGGCAUGGUCACCUACUACAUUCUUACUGACAACCCCCGCUCUCUGAACCCCUCCAUUGAGCUGGGGCCUGAACGAGAGCUGAAAGUGGUUUCAGUAGCAGAGCUGCCAGGUUGGGACAGGUUGGCCUAUCGCCGGAUGUCCCUGCUUGUUGACGCUAUUAGACACACAAUUGGAGACGAGGUUGAAUACCUCUUCUGCGCUGACAUCGAUCAGGAGUUUGUGGCACCAGUGGGAGAAGAAAUUUUUGGAGACCUGGUUGCAACGUUGCACCCAGAGCUCUUUGGGAUGCCACGAGAUGCAUUCCCUUAUGAAGUGGAAGAAGUCUCAUCAGCUUGCGUUGAAGAAGAUGAAGGAGAUUACUACUAUACCUCUGAGUUGUAUGGAGGCUUGGUUUCAGAGAUGCAUAGACUGGCUCGAGCCUGUUCUUUGCUCAUUCUGCAAGACCAAGCUAAAGGGGUAAUGGCCAGGGGCCUAGAGGAGAGCUACUUGAACCGCUACCUGAUCGAACACAGGCCCACCUGUGUGCUUUCACCAGAAUACAGCAGCUGGGACUCAGCUCUGACUGCUGAUGUACCUGUACAGAGGCUCAUCUCUUUGGGAAGGCAAUGUGAGGCAACAGAUUUUAAGAUGAAAGAGCAGUUUGGAUGUUGAGGGUAUUGCUGGCCAAACCUAUUAAAUAUAGAUGUAAAUAUUGAUCUUAAAUGAAGAACUGACGUUUUAAGUGUUAGAUUUCCUUACAGAGAUUGUAUCUGCUUAUGUUGUGAAGGGACAAGAAAUGAAGGAAAAUCACAAAGACAAAGCUUGAUUCCAUCUUUAACAAUGAAUGAAUUCAGAAUGUCCAUUUAAUCUAACAACCAAUAAAUGUAGAGAGAAAAUUAAAGAAGCACACUGCACAAUCUGUUUUCAAUUAAAGGCCCAUUUCUGCACAGUC